AACACAUGUGAUUCAAACGACGAAAAAAUUUCAAAAAAUUCUUAGAAAAUCGUUUAUUUGAUUUUUAAAAAUGGCUGGAAGUAGAGUUGAAAAACUUUCCACAAUAUUCAAAAGAUAUACAGGUUUGAUUAAAUCCGGUGCUGUUUUAAAAGAAAAUCGUCCAAUCUGGUAUGAUGUUUAUCAACAUUUUCCUCCAACUGUUGAACCGCUAGCCAUUCGACCAGAACCCGAAAUCGAAAUUAAGCCGAUUUUCUAUCCUGAAGAUAUUCUACGAUCUCGAUUCUUUCGAACAUACGGUGAUUCAGUAAUGAUCCAUGAUUUUAUAUCCGAUAAACCAUCCGAUUUGAAAGCAUCAAAAAUGGGUGUUUGUGAAAUGUUUAUCGCUAAAUAUUUACAAUUGGCACAAUCCAAAGGUUUGGAUGAAAUUGAUCUAAAUAGCCAGGAAUUGUUUGAUGAAACGGAAAAAGCUCUUAUUGAUGAUUGUGGUGUACAAUUGAGACGUCGUAAAGAUUCCGAUAUGAAACGUACAUUCAUAUCCACAUCCAAAUCGUCGUCAUCAUCAUCAUCAUAGAAUAAUUUCAAAGUAAAACUAGAUUUUUUUUUGUAUUGAAAAAUGAUAAA